ACAAUUUAGUACUGUAUUGUGAAAUUUCUGUCGUUGUAAUUGUGCAGUUGAUAAGGAUAAAUUAUUGAUUUGUGUAACUGGUUAAUUUGUAAUUAACUUCUUCGAUUUCUCUUUCAUAAAAUAAUUCGUCUUUUACGUUAACAGCUAUUUUCCAGACUUGAUUUUCGUCUAGGCCUAGGCUAGCGUAGGCCUCUGCAUUAUCUGGUCAAGAAGCAUACAUACAGUAACGGUCUCACAUUCACCAGGAAUUCUACUCAUCAUAUUUAUACCAAAAUGGGACGUUAUAGUGGAAAAUCGUGCCGCCUUAUAUGUAUGAUGGUUAUGACUAGCACAUUUUUUGUAGCAGAAAUCACUACAGGCUACAUUACAAGUUCCAUGGCUCUUGUUGCCGACUCAUUCCAUAUGCUCUCAGAUAUUGUGUCAUUAAUAGUUGGAUUUGUUGCCAUAAAGGUUUCAAAAUUAACGACGUCGCGGAAUACCUAUGGUUGGGUGAGAGCGGAAGUAGUUGGUGCACUUGUUAAUGGUGUUUUCCUGGUUGCUUUGUGUUUCACGAUAUUUGUUGAAGCGUUACAACGUUUCAUCGAAAAGGAAAUUGAAGUAGAGAAACCAUUACUGGUUCUUGGGGUCGGCACUGCUGGACUGGUUGUGAAUCUCCUUGGGCUUUGCUUAUUCAGUGGCCAUGGACAUAGUCAUGGUGGUGGGGGCCAUGGACACAGCCAUGGUGGUGGGGAAAAUUCCCCCAGCCAUGGCAAUAAUGGUAAAUCAACCAAGGAUGCACCCAAUGUUGAAUAUAAAGGACUUAAAGACGAUAACAAUGAAGAAUCUGCAAAAAGCCUCUUGAAGAAAGAAAACGGCUCUAACUUCAAUUGUGAUGUAACGGAUCAAGCAAUUGUCAAAGUUGAAGACGGGGAGGAAGACCUAGAGGCUACAAUUGCAUCUGAUUCACAGUUGAAUAUGCGUGGUGUGUUCUUACAUGUACUUGGAGAUGCUUUAAGCUCCGUGGUUGCCAUCAUCAGCGCAUUGAUUAUUCACUUUGUGGAGGGUGAUUGGAGGUUUUAUGUUGAUCCUGCUAUGAGCUUAUUUAUAUGUGUCAUUAUUCUUGCCACGUCUGUUCCAUUGUUGAAGCAAUCAGCUAUGAGUCUAAUGCAGUCCAUUCCAUCUCAUGUGGAUGUUGAAAAUAUUACAAGCUUGUUAAAGGAGCAGUUUCCCAAUAUCAGUCUGCACGAUUUUCAUGUGUGGCAGUUGAUGUCAAAUUUGACGAUAGCGACAGCGCACAUAAUUGUCACCGGUGAUGUUGAUAAUUACAUGGCAAUGUCAGAGAGUCUUAAGGAGUUCUUCCACAAACGAGGAAUUCAUUCUACUACAAUUCAGCCAGAGUUUGUGCGGGAUAGCACUGAUAGUGCUCUGAUAGAGGCUAGCUGUGUUCUUGUGUGCAAGACAGAUGCAUGCGAUAGUCAGCGAUGUUGCAAGCCUAAAUCAGAAGAUUAAAGUCAAGGUCAACGGAAAGCAUCUGCGGUAGUUGCUAGUCCAAAGGCCAAUGGUAUUGCAGAUAGUGCUAGUAUAAUCUUGGAGAACAAGGUAUGAAAAGGCAGUUAGCAUGACUUGUGUUGCAUGCAAGCAUAUGAAUCGCCUGGCAUUGCACGAUUUUGAAUUUUCGAUUAAUGAAAGAUUUAAACGUGAACUCUAUGGAUUCAAGAGGUACAGUAAUCUUUCUGUAAGAUAGGAAAGUCAUUUUAGAUUUGAUAAAAUGUUGAUUUUAGAUUUCAUAAUUUCUAUGUUCAUUCAAAAAUACUAAUUUUGUAUGUUUGUA